AUGUGGAUUCUUUCAGUGCUGGAGAAAAUAAACAGUAAGAAACAAAGAGAGCACCAGAGGAUAAAGAAUGAGGACCAGAGACUACAGAAUGAGGACCAGAGACUACAGAAUGAGGACCAGAGACUACAGAAUGAGGACCAGAGACUACAGAAUGAGGACCAGAGACUACAGAAUGAGGACCAGAAAAUACAGAUAGAUGACCAGAGACUACAGAGAGAAAAACAGAGACUACAGAAUGAGGACCAGAGAAUAAAGGAGGAAUGUCAGACACUCUUGCUGAAAGAGAAGAGGAUUUUGGGAAGUGUGAACGUGACUCUGGAUGCUGAUUCAGCUCAUCCACAUCUCAGUGUGUCUUGUGAUGGGAAACAAGUGAGAGAUGCACUCGAAAAACAUGAAUUGGUGAAGAACAGAGAUAAAGGACAAAAUAACAGGUUUGAUGAAUGUCUCGGUGUUCUUGGAAACAGACGGUUCUCUUCAGGGUGUUUUUACUAUGAGGUGAAGGUGAAGGGGUUAAAUGUGUGGUAUGUGGGUGUGGCUAGAGAAUCUGUUAACAGGAAGGGGCGGAUCAGUCUGAGUCCUCAGUAUGGAUACUGGACUAUGGGAAAGAUUAAUAACAUUUAUUGGGCUUGUGAGGAUCCACGUGUCUGUCUUUCUCUGACUGUGAAUCCUGAGAGGAUUGGGGUGUUUGUGGAUUGUAAAAAGGGCCGAGUCUCUUUUUAUGAUGUAAAGUCAAUGUGUUAUAUUUACUCUUUUACUGCUCAGUCUUUCACUGAGAAGCUACAUCCUUUUGUUUCUUUGGGUUAUGAUUGGUAUGAAAAUUCUUCUUCCCCACUCGUCAUCUGUAGUGAUCUCUCGUGAGAGCUGAUCUGAUGUGAAAAUAAAAAUUGUAGCAGCUUUCCAUUAAUCUGCUGGUAUUGGUAAUAGGAGUGAGCAAGUAGUUGACGCAUAAAAAAAUGGAAUCUAUGCAAACAGAUAUUAGAUGCAAAUAGUCUCUCUUUAUUGUGCUUCAAUGAAUAAACAUUUC